AUGAAUGAGGAGGACGACUUUGAGAAUGGCGCCAGCUCCGCUGAAGACGAGGACGAGGCAGACGAGGCAGACGCCAUGGACGUAGACGAUGAUGAUGAGGGCGAUGACAAUGAUGAUGGGGACAACGAUGACGACGACGGGGAUGGAGACAACGACGAUGACGACCAAGAUGGGGAUCAAGACCAAGACCAGGACCAAGACGGAGAUGGAGACGGAGACGGAGACGGGGAUGGAGAUGGAGAUGGGGAACAGGACGGUGACGAGCCUGACAGUCCUUCACAACGGCGACGCGACAGUCAGACGAAUGGCAAUAUAUCUGGUCAAUCGAACGCGAAUCCCGACGUGACGCUCACAUCCCCUAGCCCACGAGCAGCCUCAUGCGUCCUGGGCAACCUGCCAUUCCGUCCCAGCGUGCGCCAGGAGGCCCUUAAUGCGCCGGUCUACGACAUCAUACCCACCAUCGCCGCUCCACACAGCACCUCCAUCAACUCCAUUACAGCCACGCCGGAUAUGCGAUGGGUGUUUAGUGGAGGCGCGGAUGGGUACAUCAGGAAAUUCAACUGGGUAGAUACCGCCAAUGGCAAGCUUGCCCUGACAGUCGCCCAACGCCACCCCUUUGUCGAUUCAGUGACAAAAGCGGGGGUAUUAUUAUCGUACUGGGAGAAUGAGGAUCCCUCUGGCUCGCAAGAGAGCCUGUCACCAGUCUACUCCCUGGCCGUGCAUCACCAGGCGCUCUGGCUACUUUCAGGUCUGGAAUCUGGGGGAAUCAAUCUGCAGUCUGUGCGCCACCAAGAAGGAACAAGGAUACACACGCUCAAAGGGCAUACGUCUGCUGUGUCGGUCUUGACACUGUCACAAGACGAAACCUCGGUAUUAAGCGGCAGCUGGGACAAGACGAUCAAUGACUGGGACCUCAACACUGGCCAAGUCAAGAGAAAGUUCGAAACUAGCGGUGGGCAAAUCUCAGCCAUUGAGCAGCGGCCACUCUCUACUCUGCCCAUUCCUCAGGACACCGAGACCCUCCCCCUUUCAAACGGCACCUUUUCGUCCAACAAUGCUGCACGGCCACGCCCCAACGGCAGCCUCACGAACGGGGUCGAUGCGAAGCCAACCCAAGCCAAAGAUGAAACUGGCAAUGACGAUGCCCAAGGCUCCCCUGACGAUUCUCUCUUCGGCGAUAAAGAUUCUCUUUUUGGUGACGGCCAAGAUAAUAAUCCAUCAUCUGCAUUACCAUCCUUCGGCGACGACGACGACGAAUUCUCAAUCGCCAUUGCGAACGGCAUACAGCAAGCAGACGAAGACGCAAAUGCCGACCUCGACAUGAUGGACAUGGGUGGCCCCGUCCAAGCACCACAAGACUCAGCCGGCGAAGCCCCAAAAGAGACAUCAGCUGCAGCAAACUCCCAAGCCUUGACAAACGGUAUAUCGGAAUCGCCAUCGCAAGCAAGCGGGACAGUCGACGGCCUACCGCAUGCCGACGAAGCCAUGGAGCCCACAAACACGUCAGCUGGAAACACGGAGCAACCAGCUUCCUCUGAGACAACAUUCAUGGACGCAUCCAUUGACGGUACAUUGCGUAUCUGGGACCGCAGACAACCAAAUCCAGUCGCACGCAUCACACCGCCCCGUAACACGCCGCCAUGGUGUAUGAAUGCCUGCUGGUCCCCCGAUGGCAAUUUCAUCUAUGCCGGCCGGAGAAAUGGAACAGUGGACGAGUACAGUCUGCACAAAGGGCUGAGGGAGCCACGGCGCACAUUUCGCUUUCCAAGCGUCAGCGGUGCUGUCAGUGCAGUACGCGCCAUGCCCAACGGCAAGCACCUCAUCUGCGCCUCCUACGACAUCCUCCGCCUCUACGAUCUCACCCAGCCCGACGCCGGCACAAAGGGUGCAGCCGCAACCCCUUUUCUCAUCGUACCCGGUCACCGCACCGGCGUCAUCUCGCAGCUCUACCUCGACCCCACGUGCAGCUUCAUGAUUUCCACGGGCGGCAAUCGCGGCUGGGAAGGCGCAUCAACGGAAGUCCUGAUUGGCUAUGAAAUCGGCAUUGGGUCGUAA